GGGCCUACUCGCGACAACGGCUGGUUGGUAGCUGCGGCUGCGGGCCCGCACUUCCGCCGGUGGCCGAGAGCAGGGCCCGGCAUGGAGGUGGGCUAGAGGCCGAGGCCAGGCAGAGCGCGAGAUGUUCUUCUGGGGCCAGAGUCUGGGCAUAUAUGAAUGCAAAUCCGUGUUUGUUCACAACUAAGCCCAGCUGAGACGAUCACUUUUCUGUAGGCCAUUUGCCCAGGUACAGAAUGAGCACAUGUUGUUGGUGUACUCCAGGUGGUGGUUCCACCGUUGACUUCCUAAAGCGCUAUGCUUCCAACACUCCAUCCAGUGAAUUUCAAACAGCUGACGAAGAUCUCUGCUACUGCUUAGAGUGUGUGGCAGAAUACCACAAAGCAAGAGAUGAAUUGCCAUUCUUGCAUGAGGUUUUAUGGGAAUUGGAAACCUUACGUCUGAUAAAUCACUUUGAAAAAUCCAUGAAGGCAGAAAUUGGAGAUGAUGAUGAGUUAUAUAUAGUAGACAACAAUGGAGAGAUGCCACUGUUUGACAUCACUGGACAAGACUUUGAAAAUAAGCUUCGAGUUCCUCUUCUUGAAAUACUGAAAUAUCCUUAUUUGCUUCUACAUGAACGUGUUAACGAGUUAUGUGUUGAAGCACUUUGUCGGAUGGAACAAGCCAAUUGCUCCUUUCAGGUGUUUGACAAACAUCCAGGGAUCUAUUUGUUUUUGGUCCAUCCCAAUGAUAUGGUUCGGCGUUGGGCUAUCUUGACUGCAAGAAACUUGGGGAAAGUGGACAGAGAUGAUUAUUAUGACUUACAAGAAGUUUUAAUUUGCCUUUUUAAAGUCAUUGAGUUGGGACUUCUAGAGAGUCCAGACAUUUAUACUUCUUCUGUCCUAGAGAAGGGUAAACUAAUUCUUCUGCCCUCACACAUGUAUGAUACUACCAACUACAAAAGCUAUUGGUUAGGUAUUUGCAUGUUGCUGACCAUUCUUGAGGAGCAAGCCAUGGAUUCCCUAUUGUUGGGCUCAGACAAACAAAAUGAUUUUAUGCAAUCGAUACUUCACACUAUGGAGAGGCAAUCAGAUGAUGAUAGUGUGGAUCCUUUCUGGCCAGCAUUACACUGUUUUAUGGUGAUUCUGGACCGCCUUGGAUCUAAGGUCUGGGGUCAGCUUAUUGAUCCUAUUGAGGCAUUUCAAACCAUUAUCAACAAUGCAAGCUACAAUAGAGAGAUCCAACAUAUACGGAACAGCUCUGUAAGGACCAAGUUAGAACCGGGGUCGUAUUUGGAUGAUAUGGUGACUUGCAGCCAGAUCGUAUACAAUUAUAAUCCUGAAAAGACCAAAAAGGAUUCUGGAUGGAGAACAGCCAUUUGCCCAGAUUAUUGUCCUAACAUGUAUGAAGAAAUGGAAACAUUAGCCAGUGUGCUUCAGUCAGAUAUUGGUCAAGACAUGCGUGUUCAUAACAGCACAUUUCUGUGGUUCAUCCCUUUUGUCCAGUCCCUCAUGGAUCUUAAGGAUUUGGGUGUGGCUUACAUAGUAGAGGUUGUUCAUCAUCUGUACUCUGAAGUCAAAGAUGUCCUCAACCAAACAGAUGCCAUGUGUGACAAAGUCACUGAAUUUUUUCUUCUAAUUUUGGUAUCAGUGAUUGAACUGCAUAGAAAUAAAAAAUGUUUGCAUUUGCUGUGGGUAAGUUCCCAGCAAUGGGUAGAAGCUGUCGUCAAAUGUGCCAAGCUUCCUACCACUGCAUUUACACGGAGUUCUGAGAAAUCGUCUGGCAAUUGCUCCAAAGGAACAGCAAUGAUAUCAUCACUGUCGUUGCAUUCCAUGCCAUCUAACUCUGUACAACUUGCUUGUGUGCAGCUGAUUAGAAGUCUCCUUAAAGAAGGUUAUCAGCUUGGGCAGCAAUCUCUUUGCAAGCGAUUCUGGGAUAAACUCAACUUAUUCCUUAGAGGAAAUUUAUCUCUAGGUUGGCAGUUGACUAGUCAGGAAACCCACGAGCUACAAACUUGUUUAAAGCAGAUUAUUAGAAACAUAAAAUUCAAAGCACCUCCAUGUAACACUUUUGUGGAUCUGACUUCUACAUGUAAAACCUCUCCUGCAUCUUAUAAUAAAGAAGAAAGUGAACAAAUAGGGAAGAAGUCUAGAAAAGAUAUGCAUUGUUUGGAGGCUUCCAGCCCAACAUUUUCUAAAGAACCAAUGAAAGCGCAAGACAGUGUACUGAUCAAAGCAGAUAACACUAUAGAAGGUGACAAUGAUAAGCAAAAUUAUAUAAAGGAUGUGAAACUAGAAGACCAGCUCUCAGCUGGGUCAUGCUUAAAGCAGAGUAGUGAAAACAUUUUUACUGAAAGAGCUGAAGAUGAAAUUAAAAUAAGUACAAGGAAGCAGAAGUCUGUAAAAGAGAACUCCUCAUAUACACCAGAGGAUUGUACUUCAAGAAAUGGUCCAGAAAGGGGAUGUGACAGAGGAAUAAUAGUAUCAACACGUUUGUUGACUGAUUCUAGCACAGAUGCUUUGGAAAAAGUGUCCACAUCAAAUGAAGAUUUCUCUUUAAAGGAUGAUGCUCUUGCUAAAACCUCAAAACGAAAAACUAAGGUACAGAAAGAUGAAAUCUGUGCAAAGUUAUCACAUGUAAUAAAGAAGCAACACAGGAAGAGUACUUUGGUCAAUAAUACUAUCAAUUUAGACGAAAAUUUGACUGUAUCUAGCAUUGAGCGUUUCUAUUCAAGGAAAGAUACAGGAGUUCAGAAAGGAGAUGGUUUCAUACACAAUCUUUCUUUAGACCGUAGUGGUGUUCUGGAUGAUAAUAAGAAUGGGGAACAAAAAUCUCAAAACAAUUUAUUGCCAGAAGAGAAGCAAUUAAAGAAUGAAGAGUUAGAUAUUUUCUGUUCCCAUGAAAACAAUUGUGAAAUACAGGAAUUUCAUGUUGAUGAUAAAGAUUCGAUCCCCUUUGCAGAAAUGGCCAAUACUUUCGAGAAGAAAUCAUCUUCCUUUAAAGAUCUUAUGACUGUACCUGAAUCAAGAGAUGAGGCGACGAGUAAUAGUACCAAUGUGAUUUAUUCUAACUUGACAAGAGAACAGGCCCCUGGCAUCAGUCCUAAAUCUGACACCUUAACGGAUUCUCAGAUAGACAGAGACCUUCACAAAUUAUCUUUACUAGCUCAAGCCAGUGUUAUCACGUUUCCAUCUGAUUCCCCUCAGAACUCAUCCCAGCUACAAAGGAAAGGAAAAGAAGAUAAAAGAUGUUUCACAGCUAACCAAAAUAAUGUUGGCGAUGCCUCCCGUGGACAGGUGAUUAUUAUUUCAGAUUCUGAUGAUGAUGAUGAUGAUGAAAGAAUCCUGAGUCUUGAGAAACUCACUAAACAGGACAAAAGAUGCCUUGAGAAGGAACGUCCAGAGCAGCACAUUUCAACAGUCAAGGAGGAAAAGAAUCCAAUAAAGGAAGAAAAGACGAAGUCUCUUUUUCAGUUUGAGGAAUCUGAUUCUCAGUGUUUUGAGUUUGAAAGUGCAUCUGAAGUGUUUUCCGUUUGGCAAGAUCAUCUAGACAAUAAUAAUUCAGUUCAAGAUGGUGAGAAAAAAUGUUUGACUCCUAUAGCCAAUACCACAAAUGGUCAGGAUUGUACAGAUUAUGUAUCUGAAGUUGUUAAAAAAGGGGCAGAGGGUAUUGAAGAACACGCAAGACCACAGAGCAGUCGUGUUUCUGUUGAGGAAUUUUGUGAAAUUGAAGUAAAAAAGCCUAAGAGAAAACGAUCUGAAAAACCAAUUCCUGAAGAUCCUGUGAGGCCUUCAACUUCUGUCGGAAAUGAGGGCCAGUCUGAUAUUAAUAAGAGAGAUCUUAUUGGAAAUGAUUUUAAAAGUAUAGAUAGAAGGACUACAACUCCCAAUUCAAGUAUUCAGAGAGCCACUACGGUUUCACAAAAGAAAUCUUCAAAGCUUUGUACUUACACAGAACCCGUCAGGAAAGUUCCAGUUUCUAAGACCCCUAAGAAAACUCAUUCGGAUGCCAAAAAAGGACAGAAUAGAAGUUCAAAUUACCUCAGUUGUAGGACAACUCCUGCUAUAGUGCCACCAAAGAAAUUUCGUCAGUGUCCUGAACCAGCUUCAACAGUGGAGAAACUUGGCCUGAAAAAGGGUCCUCGUAGGGCAUUUGAGUUGUCCCAGCGAUCUUUGGAUUAUGUAGCUCAGUUACGUGAUCAUGGCAAAACUGUUGGAGUAGUUGAUACUCGAAAAAAGACUAAAUUAAUUUCUCCUCAGAACCUGUCUGUCAGACAUAAUAAGAAACUGCUGACUAGUCAAGAACUUCAGAUGCAAAGGCAGAUCAGACCCAAAUCACAAAAAAAUAGACAAAGACUUUCUGAUUGUAAAAGUACAGAUACUACAAGAGCAGGGCCUCAUACAGCACAUAAUUCUGACUUACUUGUACCAGAAUCUGAUAGGUCAGAUUAUGAUUGUACAGGAGGAACUGAGGUACUUGCCAACAGUAAUGGAAAACAAUUAAUAAAAUGCAUGCCUUCUGAACCAGAAACCAUAAAAGCAAAACAUGGGUCUCCAGCGACUGAUGGUGCUUGCCCUUUGAACCAAUGUGAUUCUAUAGUGUUAAAUGGAACGGUACCAACAAGUGAAGUAAUUGUCUGUACUUCAGAGGACCCUCUGGGGGGAGGUGAUCCGACAGCACAUCAUACAGAGAUGGCAACUUUGAACGAGGGAGAGCCUGACUCCAGCAGUGAUAUAGAGGAAGAUAACUUGUUUUUAACACAAAAUGAUCCUGAAGAUAUGGAUUUAUGUUCACAAAUGGAGAAUGACAAUUAUAAAUUCAUUGAACUAAUUCAUGGAAAAGAUACAGUUCAGGUUGAAGAAGAUUCUGUAAGUCAGCCUCAGUUGGAAUCUUUGAGUGGCACAAAGUGUAAGUACAAAGAUUGUCUUGAAACCACAAAAAACCAGGGUGAAUACUGCCCACAACACUCUGAAGUGAAAGCAGCAGAUGACGAUGUAUUUCGUAAACCUGGUUUGCCUCCUUCUGCAUCUAAACCUUUGAGACCUACCACUGCUAAGAUUUUUAGCUCAAAGAGUACUUCACGAAUUGCUGGUCUUUCUAAAUCUUUGGAAACUUCUUCAGCACUUUCACCAUCUCUAAAAAAUAAGUCAAAGGGGAUACAGUCAAUUUUGAAAGUACCACAGCCAGCUCCCCUCGUAGCUCAGAAGCCAGUGGGUGAAAUGAAAAAUUCGAGCAAUGUUCUUCAUCCUCAGUCUCCGAAUAAUUCCAACAGGCAAGGUUGCAAAGUUCCAUUUGGUGAAAGCAAAUAUUUUCCAUCUUCCUCUCCAGUAAACGUUCUCUUGUCAUCACAGUCUGUCUCUGACACCUUCGUUAAAGAGGUCUUAAAAUGGAAAUAUGAAAUGUUUUUGAACUUUGAUCAGUGUGGGCCCCCUGCAAGUCUUUGUCAGUCCAUCUCGAGACCUGUGCCUGUCAGAUUUCACAAUUAUGGAGAUUAUUUUAAUAUUUUUUUCCCUUUGGUGGUAUUGAAUACUUUUGAAACAGUGGUGCAGGAAUGGCUCAACUCUCCAAAUAGAGAGAAUUAAAAAAAAAAAAAAGUACGAAAAUUUCCUGCCGAUUAUAUAAAAUAAAAAAAAAAAAAGGUUUAUCUGGAAGAAUGUGAAUUGGCUAAACAGCUUUAUCCAAAGGAAAACGAUUUGGUGUUUUUAGUUCCUGAGAGAAUAAAUGAAGAGAAGAAAGAUGCAGAGAGAAAUGACAUACAAGAUCUCCACGAAUAUCAUUCUGGUUAUGUUCAUAAAUUUCGCCGCACUUCAGUCAUGCGUAAUGGGAAAGCUGAGUGUUACCUUUCCAUCCAGACUCAAGAGAAUUUUCCGGCCAAUUUAAACGAACUUGUGAAUUGUAUUGUAAUCAGUUCUCUGGUAACGACACAAAGGAAGUUGAAAGCCAUGUCUCUGUUGGGUAGUCGGAACCAACUGGCUAGAGCUGUUCUGAAUCCAAACCCUAUGGACUUCUGUACAAAAGAUUUACUAACUACAACAUCUGAGAGAAUUAUUGCUUACUUAAGAGAUUUCAAUGAAGACCAAAAGAAAGCAAUAGAAACUGCAUAUGCUAUGGUGAAACACUCACCAUCAGUUGCCAAAAUCUGCUUGAUUCAUGGACCACCUGGAACAGGAAAAUCAAAAACUAUUGUCGGCCUCCUCUAUUGUCUACUGACAGAGAACCAGAGGAAGGGGCAUUCAGACGAAAACUCCAAUGCCAAAAUCAAACAAAACCGUGUCCUCGUGUGUGCACCUUCCAAUGCAGCUGUUGAUGAACUCAUGAAAAAAAUUAUCCUUGAAUUCAAAGAAAAAUGUAAAAACAAGAAGAAUCCUUUAGGAAACUGUGGAGAUAUAAAUUUAGUACGACUGGGUCCAGAAAAGUCUAUUAAUAAUGAGGUUCUAAAGUUCAGUUUGGACAGCCAAGUAAACCACAGAAUGAAAAAAGAUUUACCUUCUCAUGUUCAGGCGAUGCAUAAAAGAAAGGAAUUUCUAGAUUAUCAGUUGGAUGAGCUUUCCCGGCAGCGAGCUCUAUGCCGAGGUGGACGGGAAAUACAGAGGCAAGAAUUAGAUGAAAACAUUUCCAGAGUUUCUAAGGAAAGGCAGGAACUUGCUUCUAAAAUUAAAGAGGUUCAAGGACGCCCACAGAAAACACAGAGUAUCAUCAUCUUAGAGUCCCAUGUCAUCUGCUGCACAUUGAGCACAAGUGGUGGCUUACUACUUGAAUCUGCUUUCCGGGGGCAAGGGGGUGUCCCCUUCAGCUGUGUCAUUGUUGAUGAGGCUGGACAGUCUUGUGAAAUUGAGACUCUUACCCCACUCAUCCAUCGCUGCAAUAAGCUCAUCCUAGUAGGAGAUCCCAAGCAGCUCCCUCCCACAGUCAUCUCUAUGAAAGCACAGGAGUAUGGCUACGACCAGUCAAUGAUGGCUCGCUUCUGCAGACUGCUGGAAGAGAAUGUAGAACACAACAUGAUCAGCAGGCUGCCUAUUCUGCAGCUGACUGUGCAGUACAGGAUGCAUCCAGACAUAUGCCUCUUCCCUUCCAAUUAUAUUUACAACAGAAACUUAAAAACAAAUAGACAGACAGAAACCAUUCGAUGUUCAUCAGACUGGCCAUUUCAACCAUACCUUGUGUUUGAUGUCGGAGAUGGUUCAGAAAGACGGGAUAAUGACUCAUACAUAAAUGUUCAAGAAAUAAAACUGGUGAUGGAAAUAAUUAAGCUUAUUAAAGACAAAAGAAAGGAUGUUAGUUUUCGAAACAUUGGCAUAAUAACUCAUUACAAGGCCCAGAAGACGAUGAUUCAGAAGGAUUUGGACAAAGAGUUUGAUAGAAAAGGACCAGCAGAAGUAGAUACUGUGGAUGCGUUCCAGGGUCGGCAGAAGGAUUGUGUUAUUGUUACGUGUGUCAGAGCAAAUAGCGUGCAAGGUUCAAUUGGAUUCCUGGCAAGUUUGCAGAGAUUGAAUGUCACCAUCACACGAGCCAAGUACAGCCUCUUCAUUCUCGGACAUUUGAGGACCCUGAUGGAAAACCAGCAUUGGAAUCAGCUGAUUCAGGAUGCUCAGAAGCGUGGUGCCAUUAUUAAGACCUGUGACAAAAACUAUAGACAUGAUGCAAUGAAGAUUCUGAAACUCAAGCCCGUGCUACAGAGAAGUCUCACUCACCCUCCUACCAUAGCCCCAGAGGUAUCCAGACCCCAGGGUGGCUUGCCCAGCAGCAAGCUAGACAGUGGAUUUGCCAAGACAUCUUUUGCUGCUUCUCUAUACCACACACCCUCUGACUCCAAGGAAACUACUCUUACUGUUACUUCAAAGGACCCUGAAAGACCUCCUGUUCAUGACCAACUUCGGGACCCACGACUGCUGAAGAGGAUGGGCAUUGAGGUCAAAGGAGGAAUAUUCCUAUGGGAUCCACAGCCCUCGAGCCCCCAGCAUCCUGGAGCAACACCUCCUGCAGGAGAGCCGAGCUUCCCUGUCGUUCACCAGGACCUGGGCCAUGUACAGCAGCCUGCUGCUGUAGUGGCUGCUCUGAGCAGCCACAAACCUCCCGUGCAGGGCGAACCUCCAGCUGCCAGUCCCGAGGCUUCCACGUGUCAGAGCAAAUGUGAUGACCCAGAAGAGGAGCUCUGUCACAGGAGAGAGGCCAGGGCUUUCAGUGAAGGCGAGCAGGAGAAGUGUGGUUCCGAGACCCCUCACACCAGGAGGAACUCUAGGUGGGACAAGAGGAGACCGGAGCAGGAGGACAGCAGUUCCAAGAAAAGAAAGCUUUUAUAGGAAAGCCCAAUGACAUGGGCCAGCAGCCACAGCAUAUUGUAAACUGAAGAUGACCAGCUCGGGGGACCAUCUAGAUAAGCUUAUUUGUUUUUUGUAAGGAGCUUGUGUGCUGUUGGAAAACACGGAAAAUGCAUCCUUAACACCUGAGCCUCUGGUCAUCUUCAGUACUUUCUGUCAUUUGCAAAAGCUUUCAGAGGGCAUUGUGUAUCAGUAAUAAUGUCCUUGAAGUCAGAGACCGGAAAUGUUGAUCUCUUCCUCUUCUGUAGACAAGGAGGUCAGACUGGAGUGAAUGUUGUAAAAGUUGAAAUGUAUAUUUGUAUAGCAAAUAACAAAAUCCUUUUAAAAUUUAAUCUAGUAGACCGCUUUUCUUUCCCCUGUUUAAAAUGUUAAUCAUUUUUCAACAGAACAAACUUUAUAUUAAAAAAAAAAAAAGAUGGGAGGAGGGCAGGUCCUUUCAACCAUUGUUAGGGCAAGACAGAUUUAUUUAACAGCCUAGCUUGGAAUAAGCUGAGUUAGUGCUGGUGUCCCUAGCUCUAUUUAAAAAAAGCAACCCCCCCCCCCCCAAAAAAAAAAGCCUAGAGUCUCCUGGGGGACACUUUGGGCAGCAGAAUUGUGUUAGGUAAAAUCCUGCUGACAUGGUGCAUUUUUAGACACAGGCCCAGGGUAUUCUAUUUCUGGGAUGAGUUCAUUUACCUGUUUAGUAUGCACAUAGUUCCCUAGCUAAAAUCCCUAAUCUUCUUGAAAGAGAAGAAUAUGGAGUGAAAGAAUAAUUCUUGAACUAUCAUUUAAAUGCUCCCAGCAUAUUGUGAGCUUUGUGUGACUGGUGAGGUACAGACAUGUAGUUGCCAAAUGCUAGAUGAGCGCUGACUCAGCUGUGGAAGAAUCACCUCAGCUUACAGAUGUCAGACAGAUGUAACUAGUUUUCCAGAAAGCCUGGGAAACUGUGUUCAACAUUUCCCAAGGGACUCUGGUCACCAGGCAGCCUGGGAACCGCUGGGGCAGGCCAAAUAGAAUAUUUUGGGCGGGAAAGAAGCACUCGGUUUAAAAUGAAGGGUAACCAGAGGAGUUCAGAACUGGGAAGAGAGUGGCAGACUUCCUGUGAUCUUCAGAAAUCAUCUACCUGUUGAAAACAUGCUGUUUAGAAUAUCUGAUAGGUGUUUCCAGUUACCGUUAGAGGUGAUAGUGUUUUUGUGGGGGAAAAAAAUUGGCCAUGGUGAAUGGAGAUCGAGGAGGCUCGGGACAAGGGAGGGGCGGGCUGCCUGAUUCUGUCCAGUUUUCCAAGCAGCCACACAGUGAAUUGGAGGAUCCUAAACAUGAGAAUGUCCAGCUGACAGUUGUAAAAACUAGGGGUCUGUAGUGAAUGCGGUGCAGCCCCUACCGCAUUUGGGGGUAGGAAAGUAGCUGAAGGUUCAUGUGCAUUAUUUGACGUUUCCCUUGUCAUUUUUAAGCAAAAAAGGAUUUUGUGUUAGAAAUUCUACUUGAGCAGAUUAUAAAGAGCUUUAAAAAACAACUUUUGCUUGCCAAAAGUUUGAACAUUCAAUUUCAUUACCUGUGUCUCUCUUACUGGUGUCCGGACAUCUGACUAACGUCGGCUGAAGACUCCUGAAACCCAGGCAGCAGGUGACCUCCUAGAGUGCUUUGUCCCCAGAGGCAGCUGCUGCUUCCUGUGUGGGGGCGGAGAGUUUGUCCUUGGCCAUGCAGUGUGUGACAGUUCAGGACGGGGAGGGAUGGGCCCCACUCUGUCUGGGUCAGGGGUUUUAUCAGCCUCUUCCAUGUGCCUUUGGGAAGAAAUCUCGUUACUUUAAGUUUACUUUUCUGUUAUCUUGAUGAAGUGCCCAUUUUAGCAGACACUUGUAGUGGUGACCACUUAGGGAACGUACAAACUCCUAAGCUUCCAAAGGGAGGCAUGGCAAAAACAGUUGGGGUCAGGGUGUCUCCCACACUGCUCAUGUUAAUACUGUUAACACCUGAUUGGAGAAAAGUUUUCUCUAAAAUGCGUAUUUUGCUGCCACACCAACAGUAUUAUUUCCAGUUAAGUUUGAUGCCCGUUCACCUGUUGGUUCACCACUCACCAGAUCUGAUUCUGCAAGAAUCAGUGGUAGAACUACGUCGUCCUUGCUAACAAGUGAGCCUGUGUCCUGUGACGGCCUUUCACAGCGGAAUGCAGUUGUCCCUGACAUUACUUUGGAAACUUCACUCGUUCUGGUUGGUACAGGUAUUUGCCAAAGGCAUUUCAUGUGUUUGCUGUGGCCCCUCUUGAUGUGGCUGUCAGCGCAGCGUUGUUGAACAGGGCUAUUCUUUUUACAGGGUGUGAAGUGUGGCUCUUUGCUUUGUCUUUGCCAUGGCAUUAAAAGAAAGUUCCCUGUCUUCUUUGAAUAUUAGUUACUUCAACAUGAAUGUGUGCUACUUACAAACUUGUUUUGUUUCUUUCUAUAUAACUUGCCUUGGAUUUGUUGUGCGCAGUUUGUUGAGUUGUAUGUUUUUGUGAAUUAUCAGGAGUAAAUUUGACAAGUAUAUGUGAAUAACCUCCUGUAAAUGAAUUUUAUAACAAAAAUGUACUGAACUAUUUUUUAAAGUUGUGCAGAUUAGCAAUUUUUUGCUAUAGCUUUGACUUUUCUAUGCUGUGAAUUAAUAGCUGGGAUUUGGCAAACAGUAGCCCUGUUGUCUUUGUUAAACCCUAAAUUUUAAGAGGAAAUGGCAGAAUUAAAAGCAGAAACAAGACGGACAUGGAUUAGAAGUUAUGUAUUACUGAAGUAAACUACAAGGUACUAACAUC